GCCCUGAGCUGAAGGCAGACACUCAACCGCUGAGCUACUCAGGCGUCCUGGAAAUUGAUUUCAUUCAUUAAACAAAUGUAAUUUCUAAGGUCUGUGUGCUAGGCAGUGGGGAUAUAAAAUAUGAGAUCAUCAGAAGGGGAGCCGAACAAGAGCUAAAGUAGAAGACAGUAUGUAGUACAACUAGCAAAUCUCAUGGUUGUGGAGGCUCCGGUCAGAGGGUUAACCUGAUCCAAAGCAUUAGAGGCUUCCUGAAGAAUUGACAUCUAAGUCCUGAAGGAAAAUGAAUACUAGUUACUGAGCCUAGAGAGUAUAGAUGUGCCAGGCAGCGGUGAGGUUCUAGGAUUCCACCUGGCUAGAUCACACAGGGGCAUUUGUGGGGCUGGAGCUGCGGGUGGUUAAAACGGUCUCCGGGGCAACUGUGACAGUUUGAACCUACCGGGGAUUCGGACUCCUGGAGCGCCGCCUCCUGGAAAACCGCGUCCUCUAGUGCCUUGUGAUCAGAGCCCCGGUGCCGUAUUAGCGGGAGCUGGAGUUCCUCGGGGACCAGGCGCAGUGUCCCCACGACGGCCCCCGGCUUUUCUGAACAGCCGUUCAACUUAGAGGGCUCGGAGCGGCCGGCGCCAUCCGGACCCGCGGGUGUGCGGCCGCCCCGGAAGUGACGCCAUGGGCUGCGGACCCUGAGGAAGUGGAGAUGGCGGAGCUGUACGUGAAGCCGGGCAACAAGGAGCGUGGCUGGAACGACCCGCCUCAGUUCUCCUACGGGCUGCAGACUCUGGCCGGUGGACCUAAGCGCACCCCGCUCACCAAAAGGAUCGCCGCUCCCCAGGAUGGCUCUCCCAGAGUCCCUGCCUCCCAGACUUCUCAGGGGCCCCCUCCAAUGGGGCCUCCACCUCCUUCAAGUCAGGCUUCCAGGCCCCCUCCUGUGGGGAGUUAUCUUGCCUCCAGUGUGAAGCCAGCAAAUCUCCCAGUGAUGGAAUCUGAAACUCUGCUGGAAGAUGUGCUCAAACCUUUGGAAGAGGCACUGGAGGAUUGCCGUGGCCACACAAAGAAGCAAGUAUGUGAUGACAUCAGCCGACGCCUGGCUCUGCUGCAGGAGCAAUGGGCUGGAGGGAAGCUGUCAGUGUCUGUGAAGAAGAGGAUGGCUCUCCUGGUGCAAGAGCUUUCAAGUCACCAGUGGGAUGCUGCAGAUAACAUCCACUGCUCACUCAUGGUUGACCAUGUGACUGAGGUCAGUCAGUGGAUGGUGGGAGUUAAAAGGUUAAUUGCAGAAAAGAGGAACCUGUCUUCAGAGGAAGAGGCCAAUGAAGAGAAAUCUACAACCAUAGCUGAGGAGUUCCAGACAGUACCAGGCGUCCAAGAGGCUCCGUAAUCCUGUGGGAUCCUGACUCACUUCACACCAUUUCCUCUGCUUUGGCAGGGAGGCCUUCUCUCAUCUGGCUCCCUCUUACCACUUGGGAGACUGCCUCCUUGGGAUUGUUGGCCUGCUCCACCUAUCUCUGGGGGAAGAGGUGCCAGCCACCUGGGCCACAGGGAAGAGUUGUUACCCAUAACAUGUGUUUUAAUAAAAACAUCUUAAUAGUGGG